AUGGACAAACAAGAAGCUUAUGGGACACCUGGGAACAUAGAGGGGGAUAGAGAAACGGGUCAGACUCUGAACCGGAUAAAGGAAAACCGGUUGACCGAAGCAAAACGUCAAAUCGAGACUUGUGCCAAAGGAGCCGCCGCACCCGAGAGCUCCGCCACUGUCCUCUUCACAAGGCCAGCAAGAACCCAAGUCAGUUCAGAAAGCUAUAAACCAAAGACAAAGGCGAAAAGCAAACGGGCAUCAGAGGAUUAUUUGCUUGCAUGGUUUUGCAUUUCUUUGCACAUAAAAACAGCCAUUUACCAGAAUUUUCCCCUCCUGAUCAACUUGUGCGAAGUUAGAAUACCUCCCAGCUGCUUCCCAAGCAAAAGAAGGGCCACUCUAGGGGUCGACUUCACUUUCCAUGUCUGCCUUGCUAGGAAUUGUUCACUGCUGCCCCACCUUUCAGAACAACUUGAUGGGGCUGGGAUUGAGUUACCAAGCCUCUAUAAGUUGAUUGAAGGUCAAGCUCCUAAUGGUUGCUGCACUGAAGCUUGGAGGAAAAGAGCUCACUGGGUAGGAUCUCAGGUGAGCAAUGAAACUAUUGAGUCAAUAGCUGAAGCUGAGAAGUAUCUUCAAACCCACCGACCUGUCAGGAGGCGACAUGGUAAACUAUUGGAGGAGGGUGCCAGUGGGUUUCUUCAAAAAAAACUUGCUGAUGAUGGUAGAAAUGAGGCUCCAGCAGGAGAUUCUGUAAUUGACUGGUCCUCUCUCAAUAAAAUAUUUUCUGAUAAUGUAGCUGAGCUUCCUGUCUCGUUUGGCAGCAAGUGCUGGGCUGAAGUUUACUUGGCUAGCACUCCACAGCAGGCUGCCAUCAUGGGACUCAAAUUUCCUGGAGUAGAUGAGGUGGAAGAGAUUGAUGACAUUGAUAUCAAUUUGGAUGAUCCAUUUAUUGCUGAUGCCAUUGCAAAUGAAAGAGGAGGAACUCUUUCUGAUGAACAAAGGAAAAAUUUUAGGAAGGUCAAGGAGGAAGAUGACAAAAAGAUUGAUCAGAAGCUUCAACUUUGCCUGAAAAAGAGGAGGUACCGAAGGAGAUCUAAACAGGUGCAGUUUGUGAAUUUGCCUUUUUUUUCUGUUAUGUUGGCUUGGUGUAAGAUCUAA